GGUAUUCAGAGUCAGCCCAUCUUAACUGCCCAUCCAGAGCACACCACAUUUCUGUGUAACAGUAUCUUUCAUUCCUGGAUAGCCCAAUUAAUGAAAAAAUGGACACAGAAAAUAGGAGCAGAGCAGAUCUUGCUCUCCCAAACCCACAAGAAUCCCCCAGUGCACCUGACAUUGAACUCUUGGAAGCGUCUCCUCCUACAAAAGCACCCCCACCAAAGCAGACAUGGCAGACAUUUUUGAAGAAAGAGUUGGAGUUCCUGGGAGCAACACAAAUUCUGGUUGGUUUGGUAUGCCUUUGUUUUGGAACAAUUGUCUGCUCCGUACUCUACAUUUCAGAAUUUGAUGAAGAAGUGCUUUUAUUAUAUAAAGUAGGCUAUCCAUUCUGGGGUGCAGUGCUGUUUGUUUUGUCUGGAUUUUUGUCAAUUAUCUCCGAAAGAAAAAACACGCUGUAUCUGGUGAGAGGCAGCCUGGGAGCAAACAUUGUCAGUAGCAUCGCUGCAGGGAUGGGGAUCGCCAUGCUGAUCCUCAACCUGACCAAUAACUCCACUUAUAUGAACAAUUGCAAGGAUGUAACCGAAGACGACGGCUGCUUUGUGGCUUCUUUCACCACGGAACUGGUGUUGAUGAUGCUGUUUCUCACCAUCCUGGCCUUUUGCAGUGCUGUGUUGUUCAUUAUCUAUAGGAUUGGACAAGAGUUUGAAAGUAAAAAGGUCCCAGAUGAUCUCCUUUAUGAAGAAUUAAAUGUGUAUUCACCAAUUUACAGUGAGUUGGAAGACAAAGGGGAAACAUCUUCCCCAGUUGAUUCAUAAGAAUCAGGGCACCAGGACAAUCUGAUUCACAGUAUAAUCUUGAAAGUCGAUCUUUUUACAACAUUAUGGCAAAAUUUCUGUUUGUUCCACAUUCUGCCAGUUUUUCAAUUGGAUUGCUCUGCAGAUGCCACUGUUUUUGUUAUGCUGUAUCUGGACUUCUAAAUAUCUCCCUUUUGUGGAUAUCAUUCACUCCAAUUUUCUUGUUUUGUGUCACAAUCUCACAUACAUCCUUUCUGGAAAGUCAUCAAGGAAUAAGUUGGCUUUAUUGUAUAUCUACUUUCAUGAACAAAAGGAAGAUUCAGAAGAAUUAUUCUGAGAAUUUAACUAACCUUAGAUAAUCAGGUAAUAUUUGGCUCUUAGUUCAUUUUAGAAUUCUCAAUAGCUAUAAUUGUGCGUGAUAUAUGUCUACUAUAUCAAGCCUUCUGUAUGUAUUUUAAUAUGAUAUAUACUUUUCUAUGUAGAUAUAUUUCCACCCUCAAUAAUAAUGGGUUUUUCAGAGACAUAAAGCUUUGUAAAAAGACAGAUAUCAUCUGAUUCAUGUGUACAUUCACCUGCACAAUUAUUGCUCAGUGGUUUGCCAAUUGAUGAGUAGUAGGUAAUAGAGAACAUUAUUAACCAUUCAGCCUAGUGAGCUGGAUAGGUAAAAUCAGGGACACUGUGAGUGUGUAUAACCUUUAGUAAGACACAUGGGAAGAAUGAAGAGUAAACUGAUGAAGACUUGAGCUAGAAGGUAGUCAAUGGGAUUGACAAGAAAUGAUUGUGUAUAACACAUGUAGGUAAAUAUCUACCAAAUGUUAGUAGAGAUUGCCAUGUAUGUCUAGAAUCUCAGCACAAGGCCAGCCUCUGUUACAUAGUGAGUUAGAGGCCAGCCUGACUACAUGAGAUCCUACAUCAAAGGAACAAAGAAGAAAUUUGUUCAAGUUGUUAAUGCCUUAAAGGAUAGUUAAACAAACAGUAGUUUGAUAAAUUCAGUGUUUGAUUCUUUAAUAAAACUGAAUGAAUAGCAUUGUGGAGGAGGGAAGCAGUAAUGAAGAAGUCUGGAUGAUGGAAGAGUAGUAGAGACAGGUUAAAACUCAGUUUUAGACUUUUGUUCUGAGAUAGGUAUACGAGUGAUCAUUAAAUGAAGAGGGUUAAGACACCAGGAGAAUUAUUUUGAGAUAGAAUUAAGGCAGUCAAACUCCACAUGCCUGUACUUAGAAGGUGAAAGUAAGGAUCAAAAGUAGAAAGCCUAACAAGUCAGAUAAGCAUAUUUCCAAAACAUUAAACAGCAGAUGCCUAUAGUGGAGAAAAGUUAAACAAAGAGAAAAUAAUUACCCACCAGAGACUGUACACGUAGGCAUGGGAAAGAGAAGAGAAAAUAGCAAUUCCAAAUGAAUGCUAACUCUGAAGAAGGUGUGGGCAGAGGGCCAGAACAUUUGCAAAGGUGCCUAGAGAGCAGACCAUGAAUAGGAGGUAGUGAGGAAAACAAAACAAAACAAAACAAAACAAAAAAACCCAAAAACCAAAAAAUUAUUUUGUUGCUGCUAUUUAGAUUUUUAAAAGAGACAUUGAAAAAUCUGUUUGCUGGGAUCAGUUGGUGUGUUCUCCGUGUGUCCGAGGGACAGGUAACUUUUCUAAAUCUUCAUGUAAGGCUCCCCUCAUUUACAUCCGUCUCUUCACACAGUCAUAUCCUAAAUUCACAGUUACUCUAUCAUGUAGUAGACUGUGCUUGGGAUCUCCUAUGUAUCUUCAGAUAGUGUUUGUACAGUAAAUCAGAGUUGUUUAACUUGAUAUUUGUAUUAGCAAAUGAAGUUGAAAGAAUAUGAGGGAAGUCUUGAGGAAGAAAAUUGAUGGUGGAUAUGAUCAUAUUUCAUUGUACACAUUUGUAAAGUUCUCAGGAAUAAAGAAAAGUCAUUUUUAAAAAGAACCAUGUACAUCAAAACAAUUAAUUAAAUGGUGCCAAGGACAAA